AUGGAACAAACGCUGGUUGUUGUGAAUUAUCUUCCCGCUUUUCAUUUCCUUCACAAUCCCACUGUACAAGGGACGUUUAUUUUCCUUGUAGCAGCUUCACUCAUUUCCACAUUUGUUGCUCUAGCUUUUCUGUUCUCAUCAACUAAAGAGACGAAAUGGCCCCCAUCUCCACCAAGGCUACCAUUAUUAGGCAACUUGCAUCAGCUAAGUAAGGGUGGAAAUCUUCUUUCCACCUUGACAGACAUGGCCAAAACAUAUGGUCCUGUCAUCACAGUUUGGAUGGGCCCAUCGCCACUUAUAGUCCUCACCGGCCAAUCUUCAAUCUGGGAGGCGCUGGUUAACCAGGCCACCAAUUUUUCUGGUCGACCGUCACCCUACUCUAGGCAAUUUACCAGUGCCUCUUUCAGGACUAUGAUUAGUUCUCCCUACAACGAGCACUGGACUAAGCUCAGAAAGGUUCUGCACAACAAUGUUCUCAGCCCCGUCCACGUUGCACUUCAAAGCUCUUCUCACCAGGAAGCUGCGAAUAAACUCAUCAAGAAACUAGAAAAAGAGAUGAAAGAGAAGAAUAGUGUGGUGAAGCCCUUUCAUUCCUUCAAAAUGAUGGGGAUGAGUUUUAUGGCCCACUUAUGCUUUGGCUUGGACUUUCAAGACGAGAUUUUCUUGUCCAAGCUGGAAGAAUUCAUAGAAGAAGAUAUUAAUCUGACUAAAGAUGCAGAUGUGUUUCUGGAUUCAUUUCCUCCUGCUCGUUUCUUUGUUCCUUCAUCAAUCAGAACGGAAAGAAAAUGGAAGUCUCUGAGAGCUGAUGUUCUGCGUCUUCUGGUGCCUUUAAUCCGAUUUGCUCGCAGUUAUAGAGAAUACUUUAAGCGAAGUGCUCCCAGCAGUUUCUUGAACUGUUUACUAUCCAUUGACGAAGGGGAGGAAGGUGAAGACAAGUCCAAGUUAUCCGAUGAAGAAAUAGCUUUCAGUAUGUAUGAGCUGUGUCUUCUUGCAGUCGACAGCACAUCUACGGCCAUUGAAUGGGCUCUGGCUUACCUGAUAACCAAUCCUCAAGUCCAAGAGAGGGCUUAUCAUGAGAUUAGCCAAGCAGCGCAGGAAGGAAAAGGUGGGUUGUUCGGUUUAGAGGAUUUGAGGAAGCUGCCGUACUUGCAAAGUGUGGUGAAGGAAACGCUGAGAAAAGAAUCAAUUGCGCCACUUGGGGUUAUUCACCAGACGGAAAAGGAGUGUAAGGUGAUGGGCAUCACCAUACCUGCAAAGUCAGCAGUCCUUUUCAAUCUACAUAGCGUGUCGAAUGAUCCUGAGGUGUGGGAAGAGCCGGAGGAGUUCAGGCCUGAGAGAUUUAUGCGGAAGAAUGAGGUGAGAAUGGCAUAUCUUCCGUUUGGAGCAGGAAGGCGGGUGUGCGCAGGAAUGGACGUGGCGAGCGUGUAUGUUCCCAUCACUCUUGCCAAUUUGCUUAAAGCAUUCGAGUGGGGAUGCGUUAAGGAAGGUAGUCCUCCCGAUCUUACUAGGGAUAUUACAAACGUGCUCAUGUCCAUGAAGUAUCCAUUGGAAGCUCGAAUCACACCUCGUCCAUCCUAA